AUGAAUUUUGAAUCAAAAACUAUCAAAGAAUUAGAAACAAUAGUUGGUGAUAUCCCAGAUGAAAUUGACUAUCGUACUAAAGGAGCUGUAAAUGAAAUUAAAGACCAGAAGCACUGUGGUUCUUGCUGGGCUUUCGGUUCUUGCGCAGCUAUGGAAAGUUCAUGGUUUUUGAAGCAUGGAACAUUAUACAGCUUAUCAGAGCAAUGCCUUGUUGACUGCUGCCAUGACUGCUUAGGUUGCCACGGCUGCCUUCCUUCUCUUGCUUUCGAAUACGUCAAAAUUUUCAUGCAUGGACUUUUCGAAACAGAAGAUUGGCGCGGUUUCCAUUCAAUUUUUCAAUGCUAUGCAGUUGGCAACAGAUACUUGAAAAUGAUAAAUCAAAAUAAAUAUUGUAUGAUGAUGCAAAUAUACUGA